AUGUUUGAUGAGGACGAUGAAGAUGAAAGCGAUAUAGGUGAUUUUAAUCUGUCUCAGAGGUCUUCUAAUCUUUCUUCUCUUCGCAGUUCAUCAAAGAUUGAUAGUAGUAGGCCUAGCAAAUUAAACCCAGUUGAUGGAGAUCACAUGAACACGAGAUCAAACAAGUUAAUCCAUGAUGAUAAAGAUUGCAUAGAAAGAAGAUUAAGCAAUUCGAAUCAUAAUGAUAAAGUAUACAAUGAAAGGAAAGCAUCCAAGUUGGAUGCAGUUGGCGGAGGAAAUCUCGUCAGGAGCAGAUCUGGCAGCAACAGUAAAACAGAUGAUGAUGGAGAUUACGUUAGGAUGAAGUCGAAGAUGAGAAAGGAUGCACCAGGGGCAGAUGAAGGGAGAGAACUUCAGCAGAACAGCAGCAGCAGAAGGAGCAGCAUGUCGUCAACAAAGAACAGCGGCAGCCUAGACGGUUUCAAUCGUAACGACCACAACUUCGCGAGUCAACAUCGUUUUAGUAGAAAUCAAAAUAAAAACCGACCUACGAUCUUAAAGAAUAGUGAUGACGAUGAUGACGACGACGACGAUGAUGAAAGUGACGAUGAUGACGACGACAACGAUGACGAUCACUUGAACAGUAGCAGAAAUAGUUCGAAACAUUCAAAUGAAAAAUUUAACACAAAAAAUAAUCUAAACAUCAAUAAUAAAAAUCUUAUUAAGAAUAAAAACAAUAAUAUCGAUGAUGAACAUGAUAGAGGUAGGAAUCAUCUAAUAAGUGGUUAUCGUGACGAUGAGUACAAAAUGAGAAAAUCAAAGAACGAUUUCAGAAAGGGAAGCAGAGAAAGUACUUCCAGCGAGAAAAAUAUGAAGAGUCCAAAGCACACAACGAAGACAUCACCAACUGCGUCAUCACGUGCGUCAUAUUCAUCACCGAGAUCUCUAUCCAGAGCAUCCACACCGCAACAUUCAAAACAUGAUAAGAAAUCGAGAAUGGAUCAAUCACAUUUGGACGGUUUCUUCAAUGGUGGUGGUACACCUAGGAAAUCUCAAAGUAAAUAUGAGGUUGACGACGAUGAUGAUGACCGUGAGGAAGAUGAUGAUCGUAGUUUCAGUAAUGGGCGAACAAUAAAUAUGGACAAGAGGAAAAAUGAAAAGUUUGCUUCAACUGAAAAUUUUAAUGAGGAAAAUUUGAAACAGAAAAAUCACAGAUCAGGAAAGGAGAAUGUGCAUGAGGAGAAACGAACAAACUUUAAAGAUGGAAAAACGAUUGAUUCGAAAAGAUCGUCAGCACCAUCAUCCAGGGCAUCAUCAUCAUCACCGCCACCUUCAUCAUCUAGGAAGGGCUCACUUGGUCUGGAAAACAAAAGAUCCCACUACAAUUUGAAUGACUCCAUGAACAAUUCACAACCGUCCAUGAAUGAGAAGAACAAGAGCGUUCACAAGCCAACUAAAUCAAUUUUGAAACCAAAUAAUAAUCGUGGUGUUGUUGAAGAUGACGAUGGCGACGACGACGAUGAUGUUGGUAGUAAGCAACGCAGCAAGAAACAUCUCUCCACUGACAAGUCAAAAGCUAAAUUCGAUUUAAACUCAGAUAAAAUGUCUGGUUCAGAAAGUGAAACAUCAGUUUGUGAGGAAUUUUUUAGGGAGCCUAAAAAAGCGAAGAAGAAGGUUCCUCAGAAGAACCAUUCUGCCAAUGAUAGUUCCAACAGCGAACACGAUGAACACGAUGAUAAAAUAAUGUUGUCCAGCGUCAUCAAAGAUGUCAACGACGCCCAACUGCACCAACCUGAUGUGACGUCAUCGACGACGAAAUAUGUUAGGAGGAGUCAGUCGUUGCUCAGAUUCUUAUCACCAGACAGCACUGGCAAGAGUAAGGUAGAUUUGAAAAACGUGAAAUCUCGAUACAGAGGAGAUGCCAUGGAAAUGUUGAAAAAACUGAUGAACAGCUCAGGAGAAAGAGGAGGUGGCGGUGGUAAUGACGACGGCACACAAAAUUCGACGCUAACUAUCAGGUGUAAAAUUUUUCAGGAAUGGAAUAAAAUUGCAUCAGAAAGGUUCAAGAAAGAGCAGUUGGAGAAGAUGGAGAAGAAGAAGGAAGAGGAGGAGAAGAAGAAAAUGGAAGAGGAUCGCAAAACUAACGAAUCGAAGGCUUAUUUUGAAAUGUGGAAGAAAAGUAAGGACAAAAAAAUUAAAGAGGAAAAAGAGAAAUUGAAAAAAGAAGAGAAAGAGAAGAAAGAAAAAGAGCUCGAAGAUUCCAAAUCAAAAAAAAAUGAUGCUGAAAUUAUUUUUGUCAAAUGGAAAGAAAAAAAAGAUGCCAAGCUGAAGGAAAUCAAGAAAAAAGAAACGAAAAAGAAAGCAAGUGUAGAAAAGAAAAAAGUUGAGAAAGAAAAAGAAAAACUGUCUGACGCUGAGAAGGCCUUUGGAGCCUGGAAAAAAAUGAAAGAAGAAGAACUGAAGAAAACGAUUAAAGAUAAAAAGAGGAAAGAAAAUAAAAUGACGGAUGCCGAGAUGAGAGAAAAGGUGGAAAAAGAGAAGAAAGCGCUGGCAUCUUAUGAAGAUUGGUGUGCUAAGAAGGACAAGCAGUCGAAGGAGGAAUUCUAUAGCGAACAGCUUCGUAAGUAUUCCAGUUACGACGAAUUCAAGAAACCUUGGAGACCAAGUAGCUCCAACUCCACAUUAAGAGUUACAUGA